AUGAGGCCUUCAGAAGCAGCCUUUUACCUUCUCCUGGUGUUGCUGGUGGUAGAACUGCUGCCUGAAUCAACCUAUGCCAACAACCCCCGAUACGAGAAGUUCCUGACCCAGCACUAUAACAAUCCCAAGAGCAGUUUUAGUGGCAAAUACUGCGAUGCUAUCAUGUCCCAGCGGGGCCUCACCCGGCCUCAGUGCAAAGAAGUGAACACCUUCAUCCACGACACCACAAAUAAUAUCAAAGCUGUGUGCAAAGAGGGCGGGGAGCCCUAUGGGCAGCUGCGGCGGAGUAAGGAGCACAUGAAGGUCACCACGUGCAAGCUCAAGGGCAGCUCGACCCACCCCCGCCCACCAUGCGAUUACAGAGAAAACUCCUCACCCAGAUACAUCGUCAUUGGCUGUGAAGAUGGCUGGCCCGUCCACUACGAUGAAAGCCAGAUUGUGACAACUGUUUGA